AUGCGUGCGAGUGCGCACCUAGAAGAGGUGCAGCCACUGGUCGGCGAACGAGGCAAGAUUAAGAAUACUGUGCCGUCAUGUUCGUCUGGUCCACUGGAGUCGUGGAGUGUGUUUGAGCGUGAAUUUAAGAAGUACAAGAACCAUACGCACACGCAUUCUACCUCCCAGACUGAAGCUUCAUCGUAUCGCACAACAAAGACGCUGCCACUCGAUGAACACGAUAUCGAGGACGUGAAGACUUUGGUUGAUGCCCGCGUGUCCUCUGCACACAUUACAAAUUUCCUGAAUGAUCGCAUCGCGAUGGGGCGAGACGUUAGCGAUGAACUUCACUCAUGGGGCGAACAACCGCUGGUAUCACUUGGGGAGCUUGGUUGUCACGACAGCUACAUGUAG